AAAUAAACUUAUUUUAUUUAACCUUUGUUUAACUAGACAAGUCAAUUACGAACAAAUUCUUAUGACAAAUUAGUGUGACUAAACAAAUUAACACUAUAAGCAUACAUACGAACAUGCUUGAUAAAUGGCAUUCAUCCGUCCCUCCAUGUUAAAACUGUUGUAAUCUCGUCCCCAGACUCAAUUGCUACAGUAUACAGGUUGUUGUGGAGAGACGGCGACGGUUGGUGGACCGCUGUCACGACAAAUGCGCGGAGAGAUUCAGCGCGUGAAUUUGGCACUCAGUCGACGGUGCCAAGUAGAAUCAGACCUCUGGCUAGGAGUACAAUACGGCUUUGGAACUGAAGCUCCAGUCAAACUCUGCACUUCAACCUCACUGCCAACUGAAGCUCUGAGCUUUCAGAACGACUAUUCAUUCCGGGACAAGACUGCGCUGGUAAGGAGUGCUACUGAUCUCGACGCCAAUCUUCUGGCAGUCCUUCCCAAAGUUUCAGAAUUAAAGAAACAUUUUGAAAGUGUUGUCUCUAUUGAUUUGGAAAUGAACAGCAGCAAGGAGAGGAUAGCCAGGCGUCUGGAGGGUAUAGAGAGUGACGUUCCUCCUGCCCUGACGCCCAGCUGUGCCGGCCUGGUGGUCAACCGUAUCCUGGAGGAGGACCUGCCACGAUACACCCGGGCCUCAGACCCCUGUGAGCCAAUCAUGGUGAAACGUUACAGCAGAGAAGACAUGGAGAUCCCACAAAUGCAGGUGUCCUCCCCAGACAGACGGUCCAGGGCCAGACCGGAGGACCAGCCUGGACCAGCCGCCCAGCCCCACACGGAGCCUGUCCUAUCCCUCUCUGGCGGCCCAGGGGACCCAGUCAGCUCAAAGGCUGAACGGAUCGCCCGCUACAAAGCCGAGCGCCGUCGCCAACUCUCUGAGCGUUACGGUGUCGUCCUGGAUCAGGAGAUCAACAUGGACUACUCCCCCCGUUACUCGCGCUCACGUAGAGAGUCUGACGUCUCCGACAGAGGGGCCCCAGCAGUCACCGAGCGUAGGAGAGAGAGAGAGGAGGUGGAGGAGGGAAGAGAAGGAGGGAGGGAGAGUUCUCGCAGGGCUCCCUACAGCUCCAGACUGGGCCGGGUCUUCAUGCAGGCUCACCCUGCUGAGGCUGACCAAGCUCCUGCCCCAGGCCACGGUUCUGCCCAUACCCAGGCCCCUCCGCUCCCCCAGGCCCCUCCGCUCCCCCAGGCCCCUCCGCCCACCCAGGCCCCUCCACCCACCCGGGCCACCACCUUCUCAGAGCGGGAGAGGAUGAUAAAUCUGGAGAACUAUCGGCUGGCCCAGGAGAGGACAAUGGCAGGAGGGCCCAGAGGAGCCAGCAGUAGGCCACAGGAUACCCUCAAUACCCAACCCCAGAAGACCCUUCCCCAGGCCAGCCCUCUGGACCAGCAUCUCAGUCCCCCUUCAUCCAGGGCCUCAUCCAGGGAGUCUUACAGAGUGGAUGCCGUCCCCAGCUCCCCCCUGACAGCCCGCCGAGCCUCCCUGCCCUAUGGCAUCUCCCCCGGGGACCUGUUCAUCGAACAGCAGGCUCAGGCCGUCCUCAGCAGACAUGGCCUGGCAGCCUUGUCUCAGAGCGACUGGUCUCUCCAGACAGACUCCGAAGGUGAUGCUGCCUCUCAGUCUCUUAUCAGCUGGCCAUCCAGGUCUCAUCUGACUCCAAUGGAGCUACAGAACCCAGAAGCUGACGAAGACAAGCUUGAUGAGAGAGCUAAGAUGAGUGUGGCUGCUAAGAGGUCCCUUUUUAGGGAGCUAGAGAGGAUCACAGGUAGCGUUCCCAGACCACGAUCCCGUGAGAGGCGUCUGUUACGAGUCCAAGACCGCUCGCACACACAGCCUAUCCCCAACAAGGAAGUGGACAUCGCUCACACCUUGCAGGAGGUGUCGCAGCACGGCUCCAGGGUGCGGAGCAUGGGGGAGCAGGAGAGGGAGGCCCAGUCAAGGCAGGCAGAAGAAGGACCAGGGCCUGAGAGGAUGAUGGAGGACCUGGGUCCAGAUGAGCCUGACCUCUCCACUCUCAGCCUGGUGGAGAAGAUGGCCCUGUUCAACCAGCUGUCCACGCAGCCCUCCAAGCCUGCCGCUAAGGGGUCUGGGGCCUCCAGGGUGGACACCCGCCAGCGUAGGGCAAACUCCCGCUUCCAGACCCAGCCCAUCACCCAGGGAGAGGUGGCUCAGCUGCAGAAUGGAGACAGGGUCAAGCUAGAGCCGCUAUCCGUUUCCUUGGUCCGCUCCAUGGCAUCCGUCAGCUCACAGCUCUCGGUUGCCACAGUAACCACGGUGAACUCCGCCAUGGGUGACCAUUUGGGGAAAUCUACGGCCGUCCCCUACAACCCCCCUGCCCCCACCACUACCACCCUGGACAGAGGAAGGGUGAGGUACUUCAGCCUGACCCAAGGUGGAGACUCCUCCAGUGUCCCUGAACCAGAUGUGUACUCCCCUGGCCUUUCCCUGUCAGAGCAGCAGCAGGCUCCCGGAGCCAGUCGCUCGUUCACUGGCUACAGAGAGGAAGAGGAGGAGGAUGUAUCGGGAGGAGGGACCAGAGAGGAGAGGGAGAGCCGUAGUGGUCCUGGAGGCAGGGAGAGCAGAGACAGCAGGCAGCAGCGGUAUCAGCCCACAGCCCCUGAGCACCAGCCCCAGAGCACCACAGCCCCAGAGCCCCAGUUACCUCAGGCUCAGCAGCGGCACGCCAGCGGUAGCCACGAAAGGGACGCGGAUCACACCAGUGUGUCAUUGAGAACUGCCACAACAGUGGUGUCUUCCAGGAGUGUCUCUCACAGCGCCAGUGUCCAGCAGCAGCAGAUUCAGUCUUUCACCCAGCUUCCCCAGACUCUGCCCAAACCUUACACCCAACAACCCCCACAAACUCCACCCCAUCCCCAGCCUUACGCUCAUCCACCUCAGCCCCAGCCUUACGCUCAUCCACCCCAGCCCCAGCCUUACGCUCAUCCACCCCAGCCCCAGCCUUACGCUCAUCCACCCCAGCCCCAGCCAUACGCUCAUCCACCCCAGCCCCAGCCUUACGCUCAUCCACCCCAGCCCCAGCCUUACGCUCAUCCACCCCAGCCCCAGCCUUACGCUCAUCCACCCCAGCCCCAGCCUUACGCUCAUCCACCCCAGCCCCAGCCUUACGCUCAUCCACCCCAGCCCCAGCCUUACGCUCAUCCACCCCAGCCCCAGCCUUACGCUCAUCCACCCCAGCCCCAGCCUUACGCUCAUCCACCCCAGCCCCAGCCUUACGCUCAUCCACCCCAGCCCCAUCCCCAGCCUGACUCUCAUCCACCUCAGCCUCAUCCCCAGCCUUACUCUCAUCCACCCCAGCCCCAUCCCCAGCCUGACUCUCAUCCACCUCAGCCUCAUCCCCAGCCUUACGCUCAUCCACCCCAGCCCCAUCCCUUCACCCAGGCACUUUCAGCCCAGGCCAAGCCCCAGGAAAGGGAGAGACGAUUCACCCAGCCAUUACCCAAGCCCUACUCUCAGAUAACCCCUCAUACUCAACCCAACGCCCAGUCCUUCUCCCAGCCUCCUCCGACCCCUCCCCAGACCCUACCCGAGCCCACGUUCUUCUCCCAGUCCCUGGUCAAGUCCAAGUCCCUGCCUCUGGACAGCAGUGAAGUCUUCGCAGGACACAGUGUGUCCGACCUCCUCUUCCCCGCCGAGACAGAGCCCUCAGAGAUGUCCACCAAGCAGAUGUCCAUCAAGGAAAGGCUGGCCCUGUUGAAGAAGAGUGGUGACGAGGACUGGAGGAACAGGAUGAAUAAGAAAAAGGAAGUGGUGAAGGUUUCUGUGACUGAGAGACACUCCACAGUACACGGAUGGGAGGCAGCACAGACCUACAAGAAGAAGAGGAUGGGAAAGGAGAUGGAGAUCCAGGCUCAGAUGUCCAUAGAGGAGAGGAAGCAGAUCUCUUCAAGGGACGAGGCCUGGGAGUCGACAGGAAAGGGCGUGGCCAACAAUUCUACCCAGUACACUGUGACUGAACACAUGGUCAAGAAAGGUCUGACAGCCUCUUCCUCAGCCAUCAGCCCUAUCCUGUCUCCCGUCUCCACCAAACUCAAGAGCAGUGUGACUGGGUACAAACCUCAGGAGGAAAUCGAAGCCAGACCAGAGAUUAACUUGGAGUCGGAUAAAAAGCUGGAUAAAUUGGAGACCUUUUUGGGACGUCUGAACAGUAGAGUGGCAGAUUUUCAGGAGACUACUCUGACAGUGACCGAGAAGGCUGUGAAGGAGGUGAUGAGGAUGGACGAUGAGAUCUUCUCCAAGUUCUACAGUCACAUGGCUGAUUUCCCACGCAUGCCCAGCAGGAUCGAGAUCGACGAUGACUUUGAUGCCAUCUUUGGCACUCAGGCACCAAAGUUGACCUCCGCCUUAGCGCAGCACAAACGGGCUGUGAGACCGUCUAGGAACGUCCAGUCGUCUAAGAACCCUCUGAAGAUGCUGGCGGCCAGGGAGGACAUCAGAUACGAGUACACUGAGCAGAGACUCAACAUCGGCCUCAUAGAGAGCAAGAGGAUGAGGGAUGAGAAGUUGAAUACUAGUACUCAGAUGUACUCAGAUGCGGCCCUGGCUGGGCUGCCCAGUAAGGAGAACUCAAACAACGUGAGUCUGAGGAGCGUCAACAUCUCCGAGCAGAUGUCCAACAACAGCGCUGUGCCCUACAAGAACCUCAUGUUGAUUCAGGUCAAAGGCCGCCGUCACGUUCAGACCAGACUAGUGGAGCCCAGAGCCUCAGCCUUGAACAGUGGAGACUGUUUCCUGUUGGUUACUCCUCAGCACUGUUUUGUCUGGAUGGGAGAGUUUGCUAACGUUAUAGAGAAAGACAAAGCCUCUGAGCUGGCCACGUGUAUCCAGACUAAGAGGGACCUGGGCUGCAGAGCGAGCCAGAUCCAGACCAUCGAGGAGGGGGUCAACCCCCAGAACCAUGCAGCCACAGAGUUCUGGAAGACCCUGAGAGGGCAGCAGACCUACCAGUCCGCGGGGCCACUGGAGGAAGAUGAGCUGUUUGAAGGUGCCAUCGUGGAGACUAACUGCAUCUUCCGUCUGCUGGAGGAUAAACUGGUUCCUGAUGAUGAUCAGUGGGGGAAGGUUCCACGCAGCACACUACUGCAAUCCAAAGAGGUGCUGGUGUUUGACUUUGGCAGUGAGGUGUAUGUGUGGCACGGUAAGGAGGUGACUCUGGCCCAGAGGAAAGUAGCCUUCCAGCUGGCCAAACACCUGUGGAACGGAACCUUUGACUACACCUGCUGUGACAUCAAUCCUCUGGACCCAGGAGGAUGUAACGCACGCAUACCCUGGAAGGGCCAGGGGCGUCCUGACUGGGCCAUAUUCGGCAGGCUGACACAGCACAAUGAGACAAUUCUGUUCAAGGAGAAGUUUCUGGACUGGACAGACACUAAGAAACCACAACCAAAGAAUAGCAACCUACAAGUCACUGAGCAGAAGGAUUUGCCAGGGUGCGUGUGCAGGCCUUACGAUGCAGCGUUGAUGCUUCCUGUACUCCAGACAGCUGUCAGCACGGUGUUGGAUGGGAUGAACGUUGGCCGAGGCCACGGCUCUGUGGAAGGAGAGGACAGGAUGAGGACUCUAGAGAUCAGCACAGUGUCUGUAGAUGUCUGGCACAUCCUGGAGUUUGACUACAGCCGGCUGCCCCAGCAGAGUAUAGGCCAGUUCCACGAGGGAGACGCGUACGUUGUGAAGUGGAAGUACAUGGUGAGCACAGCCGUUGGCAGGAGGCAGAACCCGGAGCUGAGGACCUCCGACCCGGUGAAAGAACAGGGCUGCUACUUCUUCUGGCAGGGACGGAACUCCACCGUGAGAGAGAAAGGAACGUCAGCACUGACGACAGUGGAGCUGGAGGAGGAGAGAGGGGCCCAGGUCCAGGUACAGCAGGGGAAGGAGCCUCCUUGUUUCCUGCAGUGUUUCAACGGGGGGAUGAUUAUACACGGUGGGAAGAGAGAGGAGGAAGAGGAGAACAUACAGACUGAGUGGCGUCUGUACUGCGUGCGGGGGGAGGUCCCUGUAGAGGGACACCUACUGGAGGUGGUCAGUCACUGCAGCAGUCUUCGCUCCAGGAGCUCCAUGAUCCUCCUCAACGUCAACAAGGCCCUCAUUUACCUGUGGCACGGCUGCAAGGCCCAGCAACACACACGGCUGGUGGGCCUCAACGCAGCUCAGAGGAUCAAAGAACAAUGUCCGUUGGAGGCGGGGCUCCACAGCAGCAGUAAGGUGACCAUUACAGAGUGUGACGAGGGAUCAGAGCCCACGGGAUUCUGGGAUGCUGUAGGGAUUAAAGACCGGAAAGCCUACGAUUGUAUGCUGCAAGAUCUGGGUAAAUUCAACUUCACCCCCCGGCUGUUCAAGCUGAGCAGUUCUUCAGGACAGUUUGUGGCUACAGAGUUCUACCACCCCUCCAGAGCUCCAGACAUGGUCAGCUCUCUGCCCUUCCUACAGGAGGACCUGUACCGCACCUCCCAGCCUGCUCUGUUCCUGGUGGAUAACUUCCAUGAGGUGUACCUGUGGCAGGGCUGGUGGCCCCAGGACAGCGAGAACCCCAGCUCCACCAGGAUAAGAUGGGACAUGGACAGGAAGUGUGCCAUGGAAACGGUGCUGCAGUACUGCAUGGAGAAUAAUGAGAAGAAGUCUCAGAAGUCGUAUCUGAUCCAUGCUGGUCUGGAGCCUCUCACCUUCACCAACGUGUUCCCAAGCUGGGAGCACAGAGAGGACAUUGCAGAGAUCACUGAGAGGGAGGUGGAGGUGUGUAACCAGAUCAUCCUGGUGGAAGAUGUGCUGGCCAGGCUGUGCCAGAACACCUAUCCCCUGGCUGAGCUGCUGGCACGCCCACUUCCUGAAGGCGUCGACCCCCUCCGCCUGGAGCUCUACCUAUCAGACCAGGACUUUGAGAAGGCGUUGGACAUGAAGAGAGAGGAGUACGAAGGAUUACCAGGGUGGAAGCAAGUCAACUUAAAGAAGGCUAAAGGACUGUUUUAGUCUAAGUUAACCUGACGAUUGUUGUGGAGAGGAGAAGAAAUUCAACAACUCUUGGAGAACAGUGGAAGUUGAUAAAAUACUUCUUUAUUGUUAAGACCAACCUGUUUCAUCAGGUUGGUUGUGGAGAGAAGAGGACACAGAGACCGAUGUAGGCCACCAGGCGGUGUCACCCAUCCAGCCCUUCCCAGCGGUGUGACUGAACACCGCUGGUAGCUGGCAGCACUUUAAGGAUGUGAUCAUCGUUUGGGUGGAAUGGAAUCAAUGGGACCGUAUCAAACGCAUGGGUUUUUACAAGAGAGUUUGAUACAAUUUCAUUCACUCCGUUCCAGUCAUUAUUAUGAGCGUCCUCCCCUCACCGGCCUCCUCUGCUGAACACACUCUCAGGGACGAUAAGUGGGAGAAGAGGACAGAGGCUAGGUUGGGGGAUCUGCUAAGGUGUGCUAGCCUCAUGUAGCAUUGUGUUUUUAACUUUUAAUUAUGUAACUAUGUAGGAAAAUGAAAAUCCUGCUUAGCACAUUUUCUCAGUGGCUUAUCAGGAACUGUACAAGCAGGACCUGCUCUUUCUCUCUGUGUCUUUCUCUCUCCGUGUCUCUCUCUGUGUCUCUCUGUCUGUGUGUUUCAUACUGUACUAAGUCUCCUAGAAGCACUUGCUAUGUCACCACUCCUGCCACGUGAGUUGAAGAGGACAGUCAGCAACUCUGGGAGGUCAGUGGAAGUUGUUAAAAAUGCUGUUUUAUUGUUUAAAAUAAACUUGUUUAAAACGGCCCGUAGCCUCAUCAGGGUUUUACACGUAGGAAAAUGAAGAUGGCCGACAGAACUAUAUACCAUGGACAUCAUCAAUGACAUCAUCGGACACACCGCUGUGGUCUCUGGCUUGGUGGUGUUUGUGAAGUCUUUCACAGAUCAGAUUCAGAAAGUAUUCAUACCCCUGGACUUAUUCCACAUUUUGUUGCCUGAAUUCAACAUCUAUAAAAUAGAUAUGGUUCUCACCCAUCAACACACAAUACCUCACAAUGACAGUGAUUUCAAAUUAAAUGCAGAAAUACACCCCUGAGAAUACUUUGUAGAAGCACCUUUUGCAGCUUUAUUUUGUUGUUGUUUGUAAACAUUUUAGAAUAAAUAAUUUCACUUUGACAUUAUGGGGUAUUGUGUGUGUGUGUGUGUGUGUGUGUGUGUGUGUGUGUAGGCCAGGGACCAAAAAAUUCAAUCCAUUUUAAAUUCAGGCAGUAACACAACAAAAUGUGGAAAAAGUCAAGGGGCUGAAUACUUUCUGAAGGCAAUGUACGUCAAUGUAUGUAAAACUGUAUUCAACUUGAAAGUUCUGUGUAAUAUCUGUGUCAGUAGGAACUUUUGUCCCCCUUGUCUACGAUGUCUCAAAAGGUGAUAUCAUGCCGAGUAUGUACCUUUUAGAUUCAAAUUCUCCGGUAUGGUACCUGGGCUGUCAUAAUGAUGUCUAAGCUUCACAGGUACCUGAGAAAUGUCAACGGUUGUAUUUUUACAGGCAUGGAAUUCUUCAUGGGGGAAAAAACGUGAUUUAUGUGAAUGUAAUAGUGCCUUGCGUUUGUGUACAGUUUAUAUACAGGAAUUGUCAUCUGCGUUUUCAAAGACUUUAGUGAAUAAACAAAAUUGCAAAUCCCAAAAUCCAAA